ACUGCUGUAACACUUGUUACACUGCUGUAACACUUGUUACUGCUGUAACACUUGUUACACUGCUGUAACACUUGUUACACUGCUUCAACAUUCAAUUCAAAUUCAAAUUCAAAGUUUAUUCUCUAUAAGGAUUACAAUGCUGAGUUUACAGAAAUUUGGUUAUUGUUUGGUUUACAUGUAGUAAAAUUGUGAUUACAGAGUGUACCACUAGAACGCCUAGCAUGGCUAGGCAUUUCGGGCAGACUUAGUUUAAUUCUUAAUUGUAAAAUAUUACAAAUUAUGAGUUUGAGCUUAAGGCUGGUAAGACUUACACAGUCCAGUGUUGGAAUGGCCAUGGUAAGGAAAGCAAGACAUUGUAAGAAGAAAGCAGAGAAAAACAAUAACUCAGCUGCUAUAUAUUGUGAUAUUACUGUCAACGAUUUUGCUAACAAUGAGAGUCAAAAGAGAUUCCGGCAGAAGAAGAAGACUACUAUGAAGACAAUUAUAAACGAAGGUAAAAAUAGAAGGAAGGCUAGAAAAAGCACAUCAGUUGAUGGAGAGGGAAUAAAUUAUCCACUUGACAUCUGGUUUAUUAUAAGGUAAGCAAAGUAUGUCCCAAAUUUAUGUCAUAAUCUCUCUCUUAUUUAGACUUUCAAAUUACAAACAGUAUAAAAAGCUGUGCCAGUAGGCCUAUUGGAGGGUUAAACUAAUCUAUAAAAGUGGUCUGGUAAAAGAGUGGAUGGAAUUGCAGAAAAUUUACUAAGAUUUUUGUGAAAUGAUAAUUGAUUUUGAAGAUAUGAGUGUGCCUGGGAAGAGACAGGUUG